AGUAUCAAGAUGAUAGAGUCGGUCUGUUGUUUUUUAUUGUUACUCAUUGCCAAGGUGAAUGCCAAUUGCGAGCUGGAUUCGUGCGAUCUCAAAAGGACCGGUCACUUAUUUGUGAAGACCACCGGCAAUGAACGGAGUUUACUUCGUACGAAUUUGAUUCAAGCCAAUGAGAAAUUUGAGAUGAUAUGCGGUCAGGUUGCACCUGUGGUGAUCACCUGUAAAGCAGACGGAGAGUUUACGCCACCACUGCCAAGGCGCAAAUGCCCCAAUCCAAUCCAGGCAACUGUUGAAAAAGUCACCGACAGUAUUUGUCGCGAUUCCAUGUACCGAGUGGGGUAUAAGAUGAACAGCAAUAAGUUUCUGGAAUUAUACCGAAGUUGCUAUAAUGAAGCCAAGAUACAGGCUAACUAUGUGAUUUAUGACUCACAUCCUCACACUUUGGGUGGCGACAGUAAACCUGAGUUUAGCAGAGACGGCGUAAUCAGCGGUGCGGCUGCAGUCUCAUUUAAAAACACUAACGUUUAUGAUCGGUUCGAGAAACUUGUAGGACCAAAGCAAAGUUACGUAACUUCGAAUGCGAUCGCCUUUGAUCGUGGCCAUUUGGCGCCCGCAGCUGACUUUGGCUUUGAUAAAUACGUAAAAUUAACAUACAAGUACAUCAAUGUUGUGCCACAAUUUUGUGGGAUCAAUCGCAGCAAUGUGAAAAAUAUUGAAAAGUGGAUACAAGAUCAACGCAAAAAAAUCGGCGAAGCAUAUCGCGUUUGCGUGGGAGGACUCGACGUAUUGCAGCUGAUGGACAAAAGCAGUAACCUGAAGGAGAUUUUUCUGUUUGAAGUAGUUCAGAUCAAUAAUGAGCAAACUAUUCGGCAUGAUGCGAAUCCCGUACCCAAAUGGCUCUUUAAAAUUAUAAGCAAUUCAAUUGGUCCCAAUUAUGCUUUCCUCACCUAUAAUAAUAGACAUGACACAGCGGAUCCAACUCCAAACUGCAAAACGGUUGAUUGCCCAGUAGAUUUAACACUAACCAAAACAAAAACGUCAGGAUUAAGUUUCUGUUGUGAUCAAGAUGAUUUUAUUGAUAGGAAUGUUCCACACUUAAAAAGCAAAUGUAGUGAAACAUAUAUUUUUAAUAAGCCUAAAUCUAAUUUUAUACAACCAACAGUUACUGCUGUACCUGGGCCAGCAAAGAAACAAAGAACCGGUUAGGUUAUAUAUUUAUUAUCAAUUCAGUUGAUAAAUGCAUAUAAAUGUAUGCAAAUUCUGUU